AUGGCGGAGGGGGCUACUGCUGCUGCGCAGGCGAAGGAAAGGCGGAAAGAGCAGCUUCGCCAGUGGGCUCGUUCAUGCACUAACCAGGAGGCGGCGGAGCCCCGUUGGCAGCGGCGGAGGAGGCGUGAGGAUGAACGGGAAGAUGAGGAUCCUGGCCGCACUGUACGAUUCGAGCGGGCAGCAGAGUUCCUGGCUGUCUGUGCUGGUGGAGAUUUGUUGGAGGCAGAAGACAUGCUCAGUGGACAGGACGGAAAGGAGAUCACUGAUAGCACCAACACAGAUGGCAUCAGUGCCUUGCACCAGGCAUGUAUAGAUGAAAACCUGGAGGUGGUAGAGUUCCUAAUAAAUCAUGGUGCCAAUGUGAAUCAGGCUGAUAAUGAGGGAUGGACGCCUCUUCAUGUUGCAGCCUCUUGCGGUUAUAUGGAAAUAGCAGAGUGAGUAAA